AUGUAUAAGACACAGCUACUUGUUGCAGUUGUCCCGUUGGCAGGGGAAGGGGUACCGGUUCGUCCCCAUCCAGUCCCGUUAUCAGACGUGAUGACGUCAUCGGCAACUUCAAGUGACGACCAUCGAACCAAGUCAAAAUUAACGGCUGGUCGUAAACGUGGCCCCGUUUAUGAACAUUUUGAGGACGUUCCGUCCACUCCUGGCAAUAAUCAAAAGAAAAUGCGUUGUUUGUAUUGUCAGGAAGACACUUUCCAACUAAGUGGACGCUUGAAACUUCAUUUGUCCACCAAAUGUUCACAAGUACCACCAGAUGUCAAGGCAAAGUACGCGAAAUCGGUCGGAGUCAUGUCCUGCAAGGUCGAAGAUGUCCCCAAAGUAGACCCUCUAGCCAAAGCAACUCUUGUUGCUACGCCGAUACAGUCGAUGGCCACGUUCAAGUCACCGACGGCAACAAUCAAGUCAUCGACAGUAACGAUUGAGCAGUCACCGACUGUGACAAAAUCUUCGUCGGCUCCACCCAUACAAGUAGCAAAGUGUGAUGUUCCCAAUUUGCGACACUUUGAAGAAAAGCUUACGACUGCUAUGAUCACUACAAACACCCCCUGGAGAUUACUGGACAAUGCGGACUUUCAUGCGGCAAUGGAGGUGUUGCAUCCGUCGUCGGAUACUUUUCCAUUGACAUCACAUCGUGCACGUACUGAGGUACUGAAUCGAUUGUCUCUAAAGUACCAGUGCGAGUGCAACGCCGUUUUGGCUACUUCUAAUGCCAUCACACUGGUGGUCAAUAACACUAGUGUUAGCGCUGGAGGAACAAAAGAAACGACGUACGUGGCAUUGGAUGAGUGGCGACGUGCAUUUGUGUUGGCAGAAGGUAGCAACGCGUUCAAAGCACCUUGUGUGACGGAGAUGUUAUCUGUGUUAUCCAAACUGCAAUUAGCCAGUCCGAACUCGACUCUCUUCUUGUGCACCCCAACGUCGGGAGCUUAUGCGCAUGCACGUCGUGAGUUGCUUCGAAGUGCCAAUGCAACUAGCAAACCUGUCGCUCUAAUGGGGGCGUGCAUGAUCCAGCAGACGGCACUGCUUCUUCAUGAACUUGUACUGUGCAGCUUAUCGCUAGAAGAAGCUCUUGACAAUGCUGUACUGACUGCAGAUGCUUUACACGUUAUGCCUUCGCUGCGUCACCACGUACUUCAUGGUGUUUACGCGAAUAACAGCGCUGUCGAGACAAAUCUUAAUGCUUUUGCCCAAGUAUCUGUGACAAGUUGGCUCUCUAUUGCAAUGGCAGUUAAGCAGGCCACCCGUCUGGAACCAUUUUUGCGGCGGGCAGUCUCUGAAGAAGAGAACACAUCGUCCUCUUCAUCGAUACUGCGUCAGUUGAUUGAUAUGUGUAGCAGUGACAUGGCCUGGAACACGAUACGACACACCGCUCAGCUACUAGCGCCGCUACAUUUUGUAUCCGCCCUGAGUGAGAUGCAAACUACGACAUCAGGUCAGCUGCUAGCGCUGUGGAUAUGGCUGUUUGGCGCGUCGACGCGCUCACCACUUCUCGAUGGGAAUUCUGACGCCUUAAUUUCAAGUUUCUUGCAGCGUAUGGAUUGCUACGUGGAAGAGCACUUUGUGGCUUGUCUAGUUCUGGAUCCACGUGUACAUGGAGCUGGCUUGAGUGUGUCAGGACUGCGCCGCGCUCGUGGUAUUACUGUUCGUAUUGCCACUACGCUCGUUCAUAAUUUCAACGAGAAUAAGUUUAUUCGUUCGUACAACGACUAUAUGAAGCAGCAAGGGGACUUUGGUGAGGCUGGUGUGUGGAACGCCGCUAACACGUCCAGUCCGAUGGAGUUUUGGGGUGAUUACGAAGGUGACCCACUGCACAACCAACUCGCGAUUGUGGCCAAAACCUUGUGCUCAUUCGUACCACACACUUGCUCAAUCGAAGAAUUGUGGUCAGCUCACGCACAACCAAGCACGAAAGGAGUAAAUGCUGAAGUCUCGAAACAGCACGAGAAAUGCACAAAGAUUCGACGUGGCGCCGUUCUCAGCGCUCGGGUCGAUGCAAAGGAUGUUGUAAGCAGAUUCCAGACGCUUCUUGAUGUAGAGAAUGAGCCCUCAGCUGAAGAGAUGUUGCAGUCAAACGCCACUACCCAGAAAAUGGACGGGCAGAAAACCAAUCACAAUCUAUCGGUACGUUCUGUGCUGGAAAGUAUCCAAGAUGGCAUCGAGGAGGACGCUACUGGAUCUGAUGCACCUUUAACAGCGUUGGAUGUUUCCUGGUUCGACAUCAGCUCGUCUGGACUGGACAAGAUCAGAAGUACAAUGAAGAAGUACUUGAGUGCUGCUAUCCAGCAAUAA